AUGUCUCUGUCGCCAAUUAUUUUGAUCACCGGGGCCAAUAGAGGCCUUGGCUUCGCCACUGUCCAAGCUCUCGCUACCAAAGCACCCGAGGCAAUCAUUUGCUUGGGCAGUAGGUCAAUGAGCACUGGUAACGAAGCUGUGCAAGAGCUCCGCCAAGCAGGAGUUACAUCCAACAUUGAAGUGAUCGCAUUGGACGUGACCGAGGAUCGCAGCAUCCGAUCCGCAGCUGAACUUCUCCGCCAGAAAUACGGGAAACUUGACGUGUUAAUAAACAACGCUGCCGUUGCUGGAAACCCAAAGCCCGAUUUGAGUGACUUUCGCGAUGUAUACUCGACGGUCUUCAAUACCAACAUCACUUCAGUCGGCUGCGUCACUUCUUUCUUUAUGCCGUUGCUGAGCGCCUCGUCGCACCCGCGCGUGAUCAAUGUAUCCUCGGCUCGAGCUUCCGUAGCUCUGCAGACCUCGGGGAAACUGCCUCCAACUGCAUCUAUUCCAUAUUCUAUCUCCAAGACUGGGCUGAACAUUCUUACGUUGGAAAUGGCGAAGCUUCAUGAGAAUGUCCGGUUCUAUUGCGCCUCGCCUGGUCAUUGCCGGACGGCUUUUAACAAUUAUAGGGGAAAGAAGGAUCCCGCCGAUGGUGUGAAAGUCAUUGUUGAACUAGCAGUCAGUGAACAUGGUCAAUAUGAACCCGGGUUUUGGGAGUUUGAAGGGGACGCUAUGUCACAGGUUGCCUGGUAG